AAAACAAAGCGAAAAAGAGAAAAGCCAAGCCAAGAAAGAAAGGUUCCCGAAGCUUUUAGAUGCUUUAUAUGAUUCAAAGAAUUCUAAGGUGGCUUUGAUUGCAGAUAUUCUUCAGUAAUGGGGGUUGCUGUUCGUAUCCCCUGGUCUCCCAGGUUCUGCUUUUCUUUUUGGAAAUUCAAAAGAUUUUUGAGUCAAGUGAAACAGUAUGAAAAGUAGAAUAAGAGAAAGAAGGCGGCGCGAUAUCAGCAGGAAUUUGCGGAGGAUAAUGAAGUGCCUAUGUUCAGGGGAGCAGUUGAGAGGAGCAGACGAAAUGUUUCCUUCAUCUGAAUCUGUUGCAUCCAAGGAUUAUUCAGUGAGUGGGGAUUUUUGCGCAGCUGGACAAGUUGACAAGAAGAAGCCGGACACUGGUAAUAUAGAAGAAGCUGAAUCAUCCCUUCGUGAGAGUGGUUACUUGAACUACGAGGAAGCUAGAGCUUUGUUAGGAAGAUAUGAAUUUCAGAAAGGCAACGUUGAAGCCGCUUUACAUGUUUUUGAAGGAAUAGAUAUAGGUGCUGUGACUCCUAAAAUUAAAAUUUCCCUUGCCCAAAGGGCAGAACAACCUAAGAGACAUAAGAGACAUUCCCGGCAUUAUGCUGCACCACCAAUGUCAAUACAUGCUGUUGGCCUACUAUUGGAAGCAGUCCUCCUGAAAGCAAAAUCGUUGCAGGCUCUUGGAAGAUUUAAAGAAGCUGCCCAAUCUUGCAAAGUUAUUCUGGACAUAGUUGAAUCUUCAUUACCCGAAGGUUUGCCUGAAAACUUUGGUGCUGAAUGUAAAUUGCAGGAGACUCUGAGCAAUGCGGUUGAGUUGCUUCCAGAACUAUGGAAACUUGCUGAUAGUCCUCGUGAAGCUAUUGUGUCUUUCAGGCGGGCACUCCUUCAUCGAUGGAAUCUUGAUGCAGAGACUACAGCAAAGAUUCAGAAAGAGUUUGUUAUAUUUCUUCUAUAUAGUGGUGGGGAAGCAAGCCCCCCAAAUCUCCGUUCCCAAAUGGACAGCUCAUUUGUGCCCAGAAACAACAUAGAAGAGGCUAUACUUCUUUUGAUGAUUUUGGUAAGAAAAGUCACUUUAAAUAGAAUUGAGUGGGAUCCUUCAAUUUUAGACCACCUUUCAUUUGCUCUAUCUGUUUCUGGGGAUUUGACAACUCUAGCUAAUCGAUUGAAAGAAUUGCUCCCUGGGACUGUCAGCCGAAGAGAAAGGUAUUUUAGUCUUGCUCUCUGUUAUUUUGGAGCCGGAAAGGACUUGAUGGCACUGGAUCUUCUGAGAAAAGUGUUGAGUAGUAAAGAGGACCCUAAACAUGUUCCAGCUUUGUUAAUGGCAUCAAAAAUAUGUUCUAAGAACCCUAGUCUUGCAGAAGAAGGGGUAAGCUUUGCUUCCAGAGCGCUUGACAGCUUGGAUGAUAGAUGUGAUAAGUUAGAAAGUGUUGCCAAUUGCGUACUUGGCGUUUCACAUUCAGCAAAUUCGAAAUUAGCCAUUUCUGAUUCUGAGAGGCUUGACAGGCAAUCUGAGGCACUUCGUGCUCUGGAAACCGCUGGCAAAAUGACUCGAAUGAGAGACCACAAUGUAUUAUACCAUCUAAGUUUAGAAUAUGCGGAACAGAGGAAGUUGGAUGCUGCACUUUAUUGUGCAAAAUGCCUACUAAAACUGGAAUCUGGGUCGAAUGUCAAAGGGUGGCUGUUGUUAGCUCGAAUAUUAUCAGCUAAAAAACGGUUUUCAGAUGCUGAAUCUAUUAUCAACGCUGCUUUGGAUCAGACUGGGAAAUGGGAUCAAGGGGAUUUGUUGCGAACAAAAGCUAAACUUCAAAUUGCACAGGGCCAGUUAAAGAGUGCCAUUGAGACAUAUACUCAACUUCUUGCUGUUUUUCAGGUUCAAAAGAAAACAUUUGGUCCUGGGAAGAAGCUAUAUAAGAUGUGUGGUUCAGAAAAGAACCGUUCCGGGUGGCUGCUUACCUAUUUUCUGUGCUACUUGACUCAGGAGAACAGAGAUCAUGCUAAGAACCUGGAAGUCGAAGUAUGGCAUGAUCUUGCCUGUGUAUAUAUAAGCCUGUCACAGUGGCAUGAUGCUGAGAUUUGUCUUGUGAAGUCUAAGGCCAUCAAACUUUACUCAGCUUCUAGAUGUCAUACAACAGGAACUCUUUAUGAAGCAAGGGGUCUCCACAAAGAGGCUUUAAAGGCUUUUGGUGAUGCUUUGAACAUUGAUCCCAAUUAUGUGCCGAGCUUGAUUUCCAGGGCCUUGGUUCUGAGACGGUGCAGCGGUAGUGAGGAAUCAAAUGCUGUAGCGAGAAGCUUUUUGAUGGAUGCACUGCGCCAUGAUAGAUUGAAUGCUGGCGCAUGGUAUAAUCUUGGCCUUGUUCACAGGGAUGAGGGUGCAGUCUCGUCGUUAAUGGAAGCUGCGGAAUGUUUCGAGGCUGCUCAUUUUCUUGAAGAAACUUCGCCUGUUGAACCUUUCAGAUGACGGCGACCACUUGAUUUUCAAGUGUUGUUGACCUUGGUGAGAAUGUCAAUGAGAAAGUCUUGUUUCAUUAUUUGCUUUGAUUGAUUCCCCUUUCUUGCUGCUCCUCUCUUUAAUUAGUGAUUGAAUAGGAGGAGUAACAUUCGACACUUAAUUCUGAUAGACAAAACGAAAAACACACCAUCAACCAAAUUUAUUUAGGGAAUUUGUUUUCAUGAUAAUUUCCAAGCAAGUCUAAAACCACAAACAGUAUAUUUUGUUAUUUUUGUUGAUUAUUAAAUUGAAUAUAUUUAGUUAUUGACCGAACAA